GAUUUCCGGGAAAAUGCCCAGGGUUCCCCUUGGCUUCCCUUCCAUCUAAAGGCCUCCCCCAAGUUAGGAAUCCGGGUGAUAAUAUCGGGGCGAGGAAGUUCACUUCCUCCUCCCUUUCCCCUAACCGAUGGGGGGAGACCUCGAGGCGUUCACCUAGGGCUUUUCCUCUAGCCUGCGGGCGGGAACUACCUCCAUAGUUUCCUCUCCGUGCUGGGCGUGGAAAAGGCCAGGCCUGCGAAGGAAACUCGGGGCCUGAAGCCUGGCGGAGGCGGCCUGGAGCUGGGAGGGCGAAUGCGCGGCGCGAGGCGGCGGCGAGGGCAAGGGGUUUCCCCACCAUUGCCUCCGGCGCUGAGAGGCGGGGUCCCAAGAACGGGGUCCCUGAGGGAGGAGAACGUCGCCCGACUGCCGCGAUCCCUGGUCCUACCCACAGGGACAUCGACUUUUCCGGAAGGUUGAGCCCUUACAGAAAUACCCCAAUCCCCAUCCCUCUCACACCCUGAGCGACCGAGCCUUUUGGGAGUUUCCGUCCGCGGCCGAGCCACCCUGCAGCCGCAAGGAGGCCAGACUGAAGAGGUACUUUCAAGAUCCUUCCUUCCCUCAGACCACACCUAUUUGUAGACUGGACCAAUGCUACUGAAACAUCAUGUGCCCUGUCCAGGGCACUAUGGAUAGAUACCACGAUGAAAGAGACAUGGUCCCUACUAUAGAGGAACCCAUCUUCUAGAAGAGAUACCAAACAGUAGAGAAGUGAUGAGGAUGCAGUGUGGUGUGUGCAGUAAUUAAGACAUAUCGAGACACAAAAAGAGAGGCGACUCCUGGACCAGAGCGGGAGACCCACCCACACCAUGACCGAGACCACCAAAACCCACGUUAUCUUGCUUGCCUGCGGCAGCUUCAACCCCAUCACCAAAGGGCACAUUCAGAUGUUCGAAAGAGCCAGAGAUUAUCUGCACAAAAGUGGAAGAUUCAUUGUGAUUGGCGGAAUUGUCUCUCCCGUCCACGACUCCUACGGAAAACAGGGCCUAGUGUCCAGCCGGCACCGUCUCAUCAUGUGUCAGCUGGCCGUGCAGAAUUCCGACUGGAUCAGGGUGGACCCGUGGGAGUGCUACCAGGACACCUGGCAGACGACCUGCAGCGUGUUGGAGCACCAUCGGGACCUCAUGAAGCGGGUGACUGGUUGUAUCCUCUCCAAUGUCAACACACCCUCCAUGACGCCUGUGAUCGGACAGCCCCAAAAUGAGACGCCCCAGCCCGUUUACCAGAACAGCAACGUGCCCACCAAGCCUACUGCAGCCAAGAUCUUGGGAAAGGUGGGAGAAAGCCUAAGCCGGAUCUGCUGUGUCCGCCCGCCCGUGGAGCGCUUCACCUUCGUGGAUGAGAAUGCCAAUCUGGGCACUGUGAUGCGGUACGAGGAGAUUGAGCUGCGGAUCUUGCUGCUGUGCGGCAGUGACCUGCUGGAGUCCUUCUGCAUCCCAGGGCUCUGGAACGAGGCAGAUAUGGAGGUGAUCGUGGGAGAUUUUGGGAUUGUGGUGGUGCCCCGGGACGCAGCUGACACAGACCGAAUCAUGAAUCACUCCUCAAUACUCCGCAAAUACAAAAACAACAUCAUGGUGGUGAAGGAUGACAUCAACCAUCCCAUGUCUGUUGUCAGCUCAACUAAGAGCAGGCUGGCCCUGCAACACGGGGACGGCCACGUGGUGGAUUACCUGUCCCAGCCCGUCAUCGACUACAUUCUCAAGAGCCAGCUGUACAUCAAUGCCUCCGGCUAGCGGCCACGCAGCCCUCUGCUCCACUCUCCCCUCGUCCUCCACCACCAUGCUGGCCCCUCACGUCUCUGUCGGUCCCCAUUUCUCUCCUGCCUCUCUGUUUCUCCAUCUCCUCACCUUGACUGUUCUCCCCACUUGCUGACUCACUGCCCCACAGUGUGGGGGACCUGCAGACCACCACGGCAUACCCUAUUCCGCAGUCAUCUUUGGACAAACCUUCCCCUAGUCUCUAGGCUGAGGGUGGGUGGGGGAACAGGGUGGACGCUGGGGGAAGCGCAGCCCUUGGCCAUGUGCUGGUGUCUGUCCCCCAGCAUGCUCUAGAGAGCGGCUCUGGUGCCCGUCCUCCCAGCAUGCUCUGGGGAGGCGGCUCUGGCUCUCGCCUUCCCAGCAUGCCCUUUACCACAAAGGGCUACUUUUCUUUAUUUCUUUCUUUUGUGUUUUGUUUCAUGUUUUUGUCGUUGUUCACUCCUCAGAGAACUUGGAUGAAAUCAGUGUCCUUGGUUCUUUAUGUCUUUAGUCUUGAUGCAAUCCUGUGGUAUUUCUUCUCUCUCGAUAGGAUGCCAUAGCAGCCUCAGCACUCAGAAAGUGUACGAGGGCCACACCCAUUGAAGAAGGCCCAGCCACAUCCACUUUCCUGAGGCCCCCCACCAUCUACCCACACACAGCAGCAGUCUGGGGUCAGGACUGAGACUUUAAGGUUCUGAAACCUAGUAGGAUUUCUCAGAAGAAUCUCAGCUCAUUUCUUUAGUUUCAGGAGACCAUGUCCUAAUGCCCAGGGACUGUGAUCACCCAGAGCCAGUCCAUAUGCAUAUCCUGGUGGCGUCUGGACAGUGACUUAUUUGGGUUGUGACAGAUGGCCGACUGUGGGUUCCCUGACAGCCCAGGCAUUCCCAAGGAGCCUUCAGAGCACCAUCUAAGCCCUUGGAGGCCAUACUUAGCACAUCCCUGUGUCCGAGAAGAACCGCAGAGGCAGGGCAAUUCCUAAUAGGCAGUCACUUCUAAAAUAAAACAUGCUAGGGAUCCACUCAACCCUA